CAACAGCGACUGCUUCUCUUUCUCCUUUUUGUUUGUUUCUCUCUCUUGGAGCUAAUAAGCUAUAUCUGCGUUUAUUGGUUAAUUAGAGAGAGAUAUAUUAAAUAGUGAGGAGUCUCCGAAAGAAAGCCAGCAUUUUCAUUUUUAUAUUAGCAAACAUAUACUCCCUCUCUUGCUAUCGCCUCUUUUUUUCCAGAAGGGUUGAAGGUGAUUGCAUAAACAAUCACUGCAAAGAGCAAAAAAGGAGAAAGAAAAGGAGAGAAAGAGAAAGACAGAGACGACAGACAGAGAGACAACACAAACAAGAGAGAGAGAGAGAGAGGAAUUCAAGAAGCUUUCAAUACCACAGAAGGGAAAACGAUGUCUGAGAGCUUUACAUCCUUUCAUACUCUGCAACUCCUCGAGUAAAUCAAGUGUGAAAGGAGAGGGAAGUGACUAUAAAGCCAACAAGGGGAGGCAGAGAGAGAUAAAAAUGAUGAGGAAGAAGAUCAGUACUAGUUUUAUGAUAUGGGCAUAGUAACUUUACCGCCACUCCCACCACCGCCACCAAAGGGUAAUCUUCAUCACCGUCACCACUCAAUUGAUUCAGAAAACUACUCCAAUCCUCCUAAUUCUAUGUCCCAAGACUACCACCAAGGCAUCUUCACCUUCUCCAAUGGCUUCGAGAGAUCGGCUAUGACAACUCACCAAGAACAACAGCAGCAGCAGCAGCAGCAACACCACUUGGCACAGCAGAUCCGGAGGGAAAAGCUGAGGGUGCAAGGCUUCGAAACCCCUCCCCCGCCGCCACUGGCUGGCCUAAACGAGGAAGAAUCCAGUGGCCUCCCAGCAUACGAAACCGCUGGGAUGUUGUCUGAGAUGUUCAAUUACCCUCCAGGCGGUGGCCCUGUUGGGGCCGCCGAACUGCUAGAGCAUCCAAUGUCAGCCAAUUAUCGGAUGAUACCUCGGCCGCAGCAGGCUGCAGCAGUGUCUGCUGCGGCUGACUGGUACGGAAGAGUGGGUGGUGGUGGAUUGGGACCAUUGGGAGAUUCAAAAAAUCAGCACCAUCAUCAGAUUUCAACAAUUAAUGCAGACUCAGCGGCAGCCAUGCAGCUUUUUCUAAUGAACCCAUCACAACCAAGAUCGCCUUCUCCUCCUCCUUCUCACACCACUUCUUCCACCCUUCACAUGUUGCUUCCAAACCCUUCCACCACCACCAAUUCACUCCAAGGGUUUGCUGCCGCAUCCGGUGGAGGGGGCUUUGGUCAAUUCACUUGGGUCCCUGAGAGUCAUCAAGGCCAUGAAGCAGGAGGCAAUACCGCUGGCGGCGGUGGUGAAAUUGGUGGGGUUGUCGAAGGCCAAGGACUUUCAUUGUCUCUAUCAACUUCUUUGCAGCACUUGGAGGCAGCAAAGGCUGAGGAAUUCAGGAUGGGAUCAGAUAGUGCGAGUGGCUUGCUGUAUUACAAUAAUCAAGGAGAUCAUCAACAUCAAGGGUCUAAUCCUCAGUAUAAGAAUUUGGGUUCCCAUCAUCAUCAGGCAUUGCAUAGUUUGCAGCAAGGCGGCGUUGUAGGCGGUCAUCACGUCAGUUUCGGGUCGUCAUCGUCCUUCGGAGUUGUGAACGUGUUGAGGAACUCCAAGUAUGUGAAGGCUGCCCAAGAAUUGUUGGAAGAGUUUUGCAGUGUAGGGAGGGGUCAGCUCAAGAAGAACAAGUUUGGUGGUAGUACAAGUGGUAGGCAGAACACCACCACAAACCCUAGUUCUAAUCAAGCUAGUGGCGGUGGCGGUGGCGGUGGUACCUCUUCAUCUUCAUCAAAGGAUGUGCCUCCGUUGUCAGCCGCUGAUAGGAUUGAACAUCAACGAAGGAAAGUCAAACUAUUGUCCAUGCUUGAUGAGGUGGAUCGAAGGUACAAUCACUACUGCGAACAAAUGCAGAUGGUGGUAAACGCAUUCGAUCUGGUGAUGGGUUUCGGAGCAGCGGUGCCGUACACAGCUCUAGCACAAAAGGCCAUGUCACGGCAUUUUCGGUGCCUAAAGGAUGCGAUCACGGCACAGUUGAAGCACAGCUGUGAGCUAAUUGGAGAGAAAGAUGGUGCGGGGACCUCAGGAAUAACAAAAGGAGAGACCCCGAGGCUGAAGCUGCUAGAGCAAAGCCUAAGGCAGCAAAGAGCAUUUCAUCAAAUGGGCAUGAUGGAACAAGAAGCUUGGAGGCCCCAACGAGGCCUGCCGGAACGCUCAGUCAACAUCUUGAGAGCCUGGCUUUUUGAGCAUUUUCUUCACCCGUAUCCAAGCGAUGCUGAUAAGCAUCUGUUGGCUCGACAGACUGGUCUGUCCAGAAAUCAGGUCUCAAAUUGGUUCAUAAAUGCUAGGGUUCGGUUGUGGAAACCCAUGGUGGAAGAGAUGUACCAGCAAGAAGCCAAUGAAGAAGAAGAAGUAGGACAAGGAGGAGUAGGAGGAGCUACUAGUGCAGCAGCAGAUCAAGAGAGAGAACGUAACAACAAUGCUGGCCUCGCUGCACAAACUCCAACGCCUACAACGACAACGACAACAACAACAACAAAUUCGCCAGCAAGCAAAAGAUCCGAUAUCAAUGCCUCUGAAAACGACCCUUCACUCGUAGCAAUCAAUAGGCAUCAGCAGCAGCAGCACCACCACCCUAUGAUGGCCACCACCACCUCCACUGCGGUGGCUCCUCCUGCGUACCAGUGCUUCCCCCCCGCAGCUUCCGAUGACACAGGUCGAAGUUACGGGACCACCUCGGCUAAUGCAAAUAUUGCAGCUCAUCAUGAUCAUCAAAAUAGUAGUAAUAUCGAUUCUUCUACGACGCUUAUAAGCUUCGGGACCACCACGGCAGCUGGUGACGUGUCACUCACUCUAGGGCUCCGUCACGCUGGUGGUGGUGGUGGAAACAAUAUGCCCGACAAGACUUCUUUCUUCUCCAUUAGAGACUUCGGGGGCUGUUAGGGAAUUAACCAACCACUUCUCUUUAUUGAUUAGUAUAUCAAACUUCUAUAGACUAUAGAACGUAGUAAAAAGAAAAGAAAAAACAGUUAAUUAGUUUCUUUAUCUUUUUUUCAAUAUUUUUUUUUUUACUUUUAUAUAUAUAACCUUCCAUCCAUUCUAUGAAGAAAGAUACAUGGUGAGAAAAGUAGCAUUAUGUAAUUAGUGGGGUCUAUUGUAAUUGCAUAGUAGAUGGUUUUUGCAA